AUGUUUAAAUGUAUUUAUAAACUUUAUAUAAUUUUUAAACGUAAACGAAAAAAGUCAACGUAUAAAAAUAGUAAAGAGAUUAGAAUGUUCGAUAAAAAUUUAUUAAAUUCAAUAUCAUCUACCCAAGAUUCUUAUGAUAUUAUAGGUAAAAAAUUACCAGUCAAAGAAUUAACCCCUAUUAAAAAUUCAAAUGAUAAUAACCCCUUUAGAGAUAAGGAAUUUUUAAUUCCAUUCUCUCGAAAGAUAUUAAAUCAAAAAUAUUUUUAUAAUGCAUUGUCUAAUUUUACUAAUGAUAAUGAUUUGAAAAGUACUGAAAAAUAUAUGAUAAAAGAAAAUCAAAUAGAAUUACCUGAGAUUAAUCCAACAAUAUUUGAAGUUGUUUAUAAUGGAAAUUUGGAUAUUAAUAAUUUCACUGCUCAAGAAAUCAUGUCGCUUUUAUUUGCAAGUUCUUAUCUUGACCUAAAAAAUCUUACUUCUUGUCUUUUUACAACCCAUUUCACUGAAAUUAUUCAUGCAUUAAAUACUUCUUAUUCUACAAUUAAUCACUUUAAUGAAACAAUUUAUUCACAAAAGAUUGACCAAAGAAGAUAUAUAAUCAAUCAUUUAUAUUUGGAAUAUUUUUCAGUAAUAUUUGGUUCAAAUUAUUAUUUAUCAUUUCAUAAAAAUUUGAUUUUAUAAUAUUUUAUCACUGGCAUCACACUCCACCAUGUUUUCACUGUUUAUAUUUAUCUGAGGAACUUAGUUUUUUUUUGCCUCACAAAAUUAUUUUUUUUACUUCUCUUUAAAUGUCACAGUCACAUGGGGGUGGAAUUUUAAUUAUAAAAGUGUUGGUGAUACUGGGGUAAAUGAUUUGACAUAUAGUCCACAUCUUUUCCAGUAAUACCACCAAAUUUUCACCUUUACAUAGUAAAUUAUAUAUAAUAUAAACUAAAUGAAUUACGGUAUCCCAAAUUAUAAUUAUAACAUCCCAAAAUAAUUUGGGCAGCAUGUAUAGUUAUAAUGUUAAUAUUAUAGAA